ACCUGCAAGUUUGAAAAUGUCAAGAUAACUGGGCUCGAAUUUGUAAAUUCGCAGAGUUUAAUGAUGAAUAAACAUUAUUAAGGAACGACUGCACUACACACGCCACAAUGGUCGAUUUAAAGAAAGAUUUGGACGAAUAUCUUCUGCUUCAGAGCGAUCAGAAGAAAUCUUUCAAACUGCAGAUGCCAGUGAUUCAAAAACCAAAUUUAACGAAUUGGUUUAAAAGAGAACAGGCACAGGAAGAAACUACGUGGUUUCAGGAAACGAAAAAAGACUGUUGCCCUAGCCUUUCAAGAAUUCAACGAAUUGUAUUUUUUGUGAUAUGCAUUGGAAUGGGGAUAUUGUGCUUCUCGAUAUCCUUGAUGUAUAUUCCUGUGCUACUGUUCAAAGCUAGAAAAUUUGCAUUACUAUUUACUUUAGGUAGCCUGUUUUUUAUUUUAAGUUUUUUUUUCCUGUGGGGGCCCUUGGCUUAUCUAAAACACAUGUUCACCAGAGAAAGAAUAUUUUUGACAUUGACAUAUGGUGGUACAUUGUUCGCUACCCUAUAUUGUGCCCUUCAUUUGCAAAGCACCCCAUUUACAGUAUUGUUUGCUGUUGGCCAAAUCAUUUCGUUAUUGUGGACUGUGAUAGCCAAUAUUCCUGGAGGUUCAUCAGGCAUUUCUUUUUUCACAAAAAUAUUUUCUCGAUCAGUAAGUGGAGGCAGUGCUUUACCCAUAUGAUUUCAUUCAAUCAAUAAUUUUGUAUUUUCUUAUGUCACUUAUUUCAGUUAAUUUUUAGGAUGUAUAUAUAGAACUAAAAGUAAACUGCUAAAAAAAGUA